AUGUCUGCAAGAAAGCCGCUGGAAAUGGAACAAGUUUCAGAGCAUCUGGGUGGAAACGCUGAAGUCAUUCAAACUGCUGUCAAGGAAUACUUUCUCAUUCAACACUGCAAGGCAGGUCUUGACGAAAGUCUCUUUGAUAUUACAUUUUCUCCAAAAAAGAGCGGAAUCCAAACUGGAUUCACUUGUAAUGUCAACAAUGGAACUCAAAGUGUUCGCUAUUACAUCAAGACGCAUCAAUACGGACCAACAAAAGACAAUAUAAAAAGUAUCAAACCACCAGAUACAAAGGAGCUGUUUGAUGGAACUCACUGCAUACGGAUCAUGAUAGGUGUUUCUGAAUUAAUGACAGAUAAUGCAACUUCUCCAACAGCGAAUCCCCUCCCACUUCUGAAAGUAUCAAAACUAAUUUCUAGACAACAAAUACGCACAAUGACUUCCAAAUGUAUUGAUUAG